AUGGAUGGUAGACACAACAAGUUGAAGCUCGGGGCGAACGCCAUUCUGGGCGUCAGUAUGGCAUGUGCUAGAGCAGGUGUAGCCCAUUUAGACAGCCCGUUGUAUGAGUUUCUUCGACGUGAGUCUGGACCGAAAAAGCCAUUCGUGAUGCCAGUGCCGUUCUUCGAUGUCCUGAAUGGAGUUUUACAUUCGGGCAAUAGCAUGGCUUUCCAAGAGACGAUGAUCGCUCCUGUUGGAGCCUCCCCUUUCACGGAAGCAGUACAAAUGGGUAGCGAGGUUUUCCAGCAAUUAAAAAAGGUCAUUGUCAAGAAAUUUGGACCAUCUGCUACCGGCGUUGGGGACGAAGCUGGAUUUGCACCACCGAUUUCCCAACCUCAUGAGGCACUAAACCUCCUGGUCGCAGCCGUCUCUCUCGCUACAUAUACUGGUCGGAUUAAAUUCGCCAUUGAUCCUGCAUCGAGCGAAUUUUUCAGGGAUGGGCACUGCGACAUUGGGUUCAAAGACGACAAACCGAACCUGCAAAGCCCAAAACAGCUUGCAGAGUUAUAUUGCUCAGUGUUGCAAAAUUAUCCCAUCGUUCUACUGGAAAAUCCGUUUGCCGAAACUGAUUGGGACAGUUGGAUCGAAUUCAACAAAAAUUGCCCAGUCGAACUCGUUCGGGAUGAUUCACCGGUUACGAAUACGAAAGUGCAAUUCUAUGCUACUCAAAAUCAACCAAAUAGGCACUAUCUCCGAAGCAAUUGA